UAUUUCUAAUCGACGAAGUAUUCUAUACAUGUCAAGCCUCUGAAUAGACUUUGAAAUUUAACAUAUCAUUUUUUAAUAAACCAUUUAAAUUAACGUUAAGCAGAAAUAAAGUUGAUGUUAAGUCAUCUUCGUAAAAUAUGUAUUCGCGUAUUGUUAUUAAAAAGGAAAGAUACAAGAAAGAAUAGAAAAUAUUAUUCAUGCUUAACCAAUAAAAAUGGAGUCUACAGAUAUAAAAAAGUUACUUACGUUAGCCACGAUGCUAAUAAUCCUAGAAAUUACUUAAAUUAUCCUAGUGAAAAUGUUGCUUUGCCAUCUCAAUCGCAGAUCGUUAUUGCAGGUGCGGGAACAGUUGCUAAUUCUGUUGCUUAUCAUCUUGUCCUUAAUGGGUGGAACGAUGUUCUGGUACUGGAACAAAACAGGAUUGGUAGCGGGACAUCACAUUUUGGAUCCGGAACACUUGGUUUAUUCAAACCCAUUUCUCACAGAAACUUGAUAUCUUACAGUAUUAAAUUAUAUCAGAAAUUACAAGAAAUGGGAUAUGAUAUUGGAUUGAAACAAUGCGGGAGCAUAAAUUUAGCACAAACUAAAGAUAGAAUAAUAGCUUUAAAAAGGAGAAUGGCAUACAAUGUUCCAACCGGUUUGCAUUGUGAGAUUUUAGAUAAAGACCAUCUGAAACAAUUGCAUCCAUACCUGCAUGUAAAUGAUAUCGAAGGAGCUAUUUGGGUACCAGAAGAUGCAGUAGCAGAUCCUAGUACUAUUUGUGAAAUUUUAGCUAAAUUAGCCAAACAGGGAGGAGCAAAAUAUAUUGAAAAUUGUCGCGUAGAGCAAGUCUACACUAAAAAUAAAGCUGUACAAAGUGUGCGAACUAAUCAAGGCAUGGUCAUAUGCGAAUAUUUCAUUAAUUGUGCAGGAAUGUGGGCUCGAGAAUUAGGUUUAAAAUGUAAUCCACCUGUUAGAAUACCAGCAUAUCCUGCAGAACAUUUCUACGCUAUUACACCUCCUCUAUCACCAGAAUUGAAAAUGAAUCUACCAUGCGUUAGAGAUUUUGAUUCGUAUUCGUAUAUGAGAGAAUGGCAAGGAGGUUUAUUGAUUGGUUGGUUCGAAGCUGAAGCUAAGCCUGCAUUUGGAACUGGAUUAGUUUCAUCUAAAGACUGGAGGCAAUAUGUAAAAGAUGAUCCUAGUCAUUGGAAACCUCUUUGGGAUAAGGUUUUACAUAGAAUACCAAUUUUGAAAAGUUUACCGAAACCAAAUGUAUAUAAUUAUCCAGAUAAUUUUACUCCAGAUGGUAGAUGGAUUUUAGGUGAAAGUCCUGAAGUGAAAAACUACUUUGUUGCUGUGGGAAUGAAUGGAAAUUCGCUCCAAGGAGCGGGAGGUAUUGGAAAAGAAGUUGCCGAAUGCUUAAUAAAUGGUGAAUCUACCCAAGAACUCCUUCCGUUUAACGUGCAAAGAUUUUUAGAUCUGCAUAAUAAUAAACAGUAUUUGCAGCAAAGAAUUAAGGAAGUAGUUGGACGAAAUUACGCUAUACUCUAUCCUCAUCAAAGCGAAUACAAAUAUGCUCGUAAAUUACGUUGUUCACCACUGUAUUCUGUUCUCGAGGAACGCGGGGCCAUAUUUGGUGUUAAAAUGGCAUACGAACGACCACUUUAUUUUAAUUCGAACUACGUUCGAGGACAAAAGAAACCAGUUAUGCCAUCAGGGAGUUUUUAUAAACCUAAAUUUUUUGACUUCAUGAAGGAAGAGUUUCAAGCAUGUCGAGAGGGUGUAGGAAUAAUAGAUAUGAGCUCAUUCUCUAAAAUUGAAAUUAAAUCUAGUCGUUUGGAAGUAGUAAAUUACCUUCAAAAAUUGUGUUCCAAUAAUGCAAACAUACCAAUCGGCGGGAUAGUACACACAGGUAUGCAAAAUGAAAGAGGUGGCUAUGAAAAUGAUUGUAUGCUAGUUCGACAAGCAGAAAAUAGUUACUUUAUGGUUUCGCCCACUUCACAACAAACGCGUAUUUAUCAAUGGAUGUCCAGGCAUUUACCGCAUGAUCAUUCUGUUGGUCUUAAUGAUGUGACUUCAAAAUAUACAGUUAUUAAUAUGGUAGGACCUAAAUCUACUGAAUUACUGUCAGAACUUUCUAAUUCAGAUAUUAAUCUAUUCCCUUUCACAUACAAGACGGUAAAUGUAGCAUAUGCCUCAGAUGUAAUGGUCAUGGCAUUUACACAUACUGGUGAAUCUGGAUAUUGUUUAUAUAUACCUUCAGAAUAUGCACUGCAUGUGUACUCAACGUUAAUGGAGAUUGGGAAAGAUUAUGGAGUGCGCGACGUCGGUGUGCUUACACAACGCUUCAUGAGAAUAGAACGUUUUAUUCCUUUUUGGGCAGAAGAGUUAACUCCGUUCGUUACACCCUAUGAAGCUGGAUGCGGAUAUAGCAUUAAAUUGGAUAAAGAAUAUUUUAUUGGAAAGUUUGCACUACAACGUCAGAAGGAAGUAGGUGUCACCAAAAGAUUAGUAUUAUUUAUGCUCAAUGAACUCGAUGUAAAUAAAAAUAUAUGGGCAUGGGGCGGGGAACCGAUAUAUCGAAAUGGUGAAUUUGUUGGAACCAUUACAUCCGUGGGGUACGGCUUCGCUACGGAAAAACUUAUAUGUCUUGGUUUUAUCAGUUUACCUGGAAUGAAAUAUUUUCAAAACAGCACAAACGUUGUUACUACGGAUUUUAUAAUGGAUCCAACGUCUCAUUAUGAAAUAGAUAUCGCUGGAUGUAGGUUCUCAGCGAAACCUCAUAUUCAUCCCUUGCCAAUUCCUGCAUUGAACAGUAAACUCAAUAAAAAAUAUAUUCCCACACCGGUUACGUCUUAUCAAAGCGAUAUAUCGCGAUAAAAAUACUGCGUAUAGUCUUUCUAUAUAUAUUUCAUUUAUAAAAAAAAAAUGUAGAAAGUAUGUUAUGAUCUCGUAAGUAAAAAGAUGAUUUGUGGAGAGAAAGAAAGAAAAAAUAAAGUUGCACAUUAAUUUUCACUCUCCUGUUCUUAUUACUUAUAUUUGUAGUAUUUUGUUAGCUACUAUAAAAUUAAACAGCUAGGUAUACAAUUUGCACUAUACUACUUUCAAGUAUAUAUUUAUUUACAAAUGUAACUGUGCAAAAAAGAAUGGGACGUUAUCGGAAACUUGUACAUAAUCGUUGGUCUGUGAAGCAAUAAAAAUUCAUAAUUAUAA